CAUUUUCUUCAAGAUUGUUUUCUCAGCGGUAAAGAAUCUCUCUUCGCGCAGAGACAUGCAUCCAGCAACUGCCAAGUGGUACGACAGGAGGGACUCUGUUUUUAUAGAGUUCUAUGUAGCAGACAGCAAAGAUGUUGCGGUCAAAUUUGAUAAAACAAAAUGUUUUUUCAGUUGUGUUGGUGGAACUGACAAUGCUAAGCUUGAGAAUGAAAUAGACCUUUUUGAUGCAAUCGACGAGAGCCAAUGCAAACACAAACGCACAGAUCGCUCGGUCUUGUGCUAUCUACGGAAAGCUCAGCCGGGGAAGGCAUGGCCAAGGCUAACGAAAGAGAAGGCUAAGCUGAGUUGGCUAAGUGUCGACUUCAACAACUGGAAAGACUGGGAGGACGACUCGGAUGAGGAGAUGGGCAACUUCGACCAAUUCUCAGAUAUGAUGAACAACAUGGGAGGUGAAGACGACCUGGCUGAUCUAGAUGGUGCAGAUGAUGACUCUGCAGAUAGUGAUGAUGAGAAAAUGCCAGACUUGGAGUAGAAGACAUGAAGCUUUGAAAAGUGGAACAACGGGGGGAUAAGAGGAAGUCUUUAACAAAUGUAUAUCUUGAAACUGAAGGCAGUGCGAGACUGCUGUACAUACGAGUCAGUAGCCAUAUUUAAAUCCAUAGCCUCCGCUCCAAACUCUUGACCAGUCAGUCUACUUAAAGUUGAUUUGCAUGGUAUUGUACAGAGCAGCUAUUUCCACGUCCAUUUGCUGUACUGCACCUUUUCGAGUAUCUUGUUUUUAAUGUUGAAUAUUACAACUUAAGCACACAUUUUUAUUUGCUGGGGGGAAAACUGUGUACUUGUAUUCAUCUGAGCAAUAUGUGUUGAGAGCAGAGAUAUCUAAAUUGUUUCCAAACGAACUAUUAAAAAAAAAAAAAAGA